UCCUCUUGCCCAAAAAAAAAAUUGCAAAACGGUGCGUUUUAAGGAAUAGAAGAAGAGAACACAGUGAUGCCAGCUGUGUUGUGAGCUGAGCACAUUGCUUUAGCUGUCGUCCUUCUUCUUCAAUGUCCAAAUCCCUAUUCCCUCCAUUUUCUUAGGGUUUCUUUUAUGCGCUUCCACCUUCCCAUCCUUUUUUCUCACAAUCAUCAAACCCUAAAUUAUUUCAAUUCAAUUUCAAUGUGCCCAACCAGGUUGCGCAUUCUCACAAUUCCUUCAUAAUUACCUUUGUUUCGGUAACUAGCCAAAUCGAAAGCGUUGUUCUACAAGGCAGAACUACUCUUUCUUCAGGCUUAUAUUGAUAUCUUGAACUCUAGUUGAUGAAUUCACGUUGUUAGUUGUUGGCUCCAAUUGCAAUAUGAGCAGCUCAUAUGCCGAAAAUCAUGAUGAACGGACUGUGGUUGGCUUUGAAGUUCCAAAGUCACCUGACUCUAGCUACAACAAUGUAUAUCCAGGAAAUGAAGAUGAGACAAGGGAUCCACCUAUGGUUCCUUCACAUUUGCAGCACAGUUUGCUGGGAUAUCCUGCUAGUAUAGACAAUUCAACAACUCUUCCAUCGCCUCAAAAUGUGAUUCUAAAUCAUCUUUACAUUGAGAACAGAGAGCCACCAAGAUCUGUGGUGGCUUUGGGAUUCACUCAUCGCUUUCGUUCUAAGUUUGUUACAGUUGUGCUCUACAAACCAGUGCAAAGAAGGGGAAGUACAAGCGUUUGAUGUGCAUAAUUGAAAACUUAAAUCCCUGUUGGUUUGUAAUGAUUUAUUGUAGACUCCAUAUUUGAAUUAGCGUGACCUGAUAUUUCAAUGAACAUAUAGAUUGGUUCUUAGUAACUUGGCUGCAUAGUUGUAGUUUUAAAAUGUUAUGCAGUAAAGGUUGAACAACUAUUUUACUUAGAGAAAAAUCAUGAUUGAUUUAAGAGAGGAGUUCAUUUGCUAUUAUAUACC